CAACCGCAAACAUUUACUGCAAGCUUCCUCUACGGAGCUCACAUCUCGCCCUACUCACCGUCCCAAGGGUUUUCACAGGACAUCCACGAUGUACAUCCCGCGCGCCAUAGCGACCACCGCAGCCACCCUUGCGUCGGGCGUGCUCAUCCCCCUCUACAUCGACCCUGUCGGUGGGCCCGACUGUUCCGGGUGGGCCCCAGUGCUCAGCAGCAUCGCGGCACACCCCUCCCUCCCAUUCUGGAUCAUCAUCAACCCCGCCAGCGGACCUGGGGCGCACGGGAGCCAGGCCCCAGUCGAAUAUCAGCAGUGCAUCCCCAUCCUCCGCGCCUCGAACGUAGUCGUGCUGGGGUACGUGCCGACGUUCGAGGGCGUGGCGAACAAGAAGUCGGGCGUAACGGAAGACAUCGACACGUACGCUGGGUGGGGCGCCGCGUUCCGGCCGGACGGGAUCUUCUUCGACCAGGUGUCUGGCGCGAGCGGCGAUUUUGCGACAUACCAGGGCUUCACAGAGCACGCGGCGCCGCUGUUUAACGGCGGAAGCGGUUUUAUAGCGCUGAACCCCGGCGACGCACCCCAGGACACCGCAUACUAUGGUCUCGCGGACCUGUUGCUCACGGCCGAGAACUUCUUCGAUGAGUUCAGUACGAGCGACAUUAAGCUCGGAGCAUCCACACCCCCGUCGAAGCAAGCAGUGGUACUCACCAACGGACCCUCGACCCCUCCUACCUCGCUCAUCUCGCAGCUGAUCACGACGGACAAACUGAGGGCGUUUUACGUGACGACGGACUCGCAGACGGAUGGGGCGAACCCGUACGACAACCUUCCGACCGAUCUGGCAAGCUACAUCGAUGCCGUACAAGCUGCUCAGUGAACCCGAUGCCAAGGUGUGCUAGGAUUGGGCCGUAUGGAACUUGAGGUGGAGCUAUAGGUGGCGUCCAGCGGGCUCGUGGGGAGCCUGUAGUGGGAAAUGAAUGCGGAUAUGUGAGGUCACUUAGUCCGAUAUUGAAUUGCAGUCCGGAUCCGACUGCGUUGAUACUAGCUGCUUGAGCAUCGACGCCUUGGCGGUAGGCGCACUGUGUAUGGACUCACCACGCGUAAAGUGUAGCACUACCCACCGUGAGCGGUGUAAAUAGCUGUACGC